GUUGCAGCGGAUUUCCCGCUACGCCGGGGACGUGCCGCCUCGCGCACCUGAUGAUGACACUUCGGCGCCCAGAACCCGAACGGCGGACUCCAUCCUUGAGGCGAGCGACGCUGCGGACCCCACAGGUACCGGCAGCUGGUGCUCCUCUCAGCCGCCCACCAUGGCCCAGGGGCUGCCCAGCACCGCCAGCCUGGCGCGCUUCUGGCAGAAGCUGAACCGGCUGAAGACACUGAAGGAGUCCACCACAGAGACAUCGCUGCAGCGCCACCUGACCACACUGGACCUGACCCUGCUGGGUGUGGGUGGCAUGGUGGGCUCGGGCCUCUAUGUACUCACAGGCACCGUAGCCAAGGAGAUGGCUGGCCCUGCAUUGCUCAUGUCCUUCUGUGUGGCCACUCUGGCCUCCCUGCUAGCAGCUCUAUGCCACACGGAGUUUGGGGCACGUGUGCCCCGCGCAGGCUCUGCCUACCUGUUUACUUACGUGUCCAUGGGUGAGCUGUGGGCCUUCCUCAUUGGCUGGAAUGUGCUUCUUGAGUACCUCGUUGGUGGCACCGUAAUGGCCCGCGCCUGGAGUGGCUACCUGGAUGCCAUCUUCAGCCACCGCAUCCGCAGCUUCACCGUGGCCCAUGUGGGCAUCUGGCAAGUGCCCUUCCUGGCCCAGUACCCGGACUUCUUGGCUUCUGGUAUCACACUUUUGGCCUCUGCAUUGAUCUCCUGUAGAUGCCGCAUCUAUUCCUGGCUCAACCAUAUCUUCCUUGCUGUCAGCCUGGUCGUCAUCCUCUUCAUCAUCAUCCUGGGAUUUGUCCUGGCCCGCCCGCACAACUGGAGCACUGAGGAGGGCGGCUUUGCGCCCUUCGGUUUCUCUGGUGUCAUGGCCGGUGCCGCCACCUGCUUCUAUGCUUUCGUGGGCUUUGAUAUCAUUGCAGUCUCCUGUGAGGAGGCCCAGAACCCAAAGCGGGCCGUGCCUAUGGCCAUCACCAUCUCACUUGGCCUGGUGGCUGGUGGCUAUAUCCUUGUCUCCACUGUCCUCACCCUCAUUGUGCCAUGGCACAGCCUGGACCCUGACUCAGCACUCGCUGAUGCCUUCUACCAGCGGGGCUACAACUGGGCAGGCUUGAUUGUGGCAGCUGGCUCCGUCUGCGCCAUGAACACUCUCCUCCUCAACGACCUCUUUUACCUGCCACGCAUGGUCCAUGCCAUGGCCGCCGAUGGGCUCUUCUUCCAGGUGUUUACCUACAUGCACCCCCAGACGCAGGUGCCCAUGGUGAGCAUCCUGGUGUUCGGGGUCCUCAUGGCUUUCCUGGCGCUGCUGCUGGACCUCCAGGCACUGGUCCAUUUCUUGUCCCUGGGAACACUGCUGGACUAUACCUUCGUGGCCACCAGCAUUAUAGUGCUACGCUUCCAAAAGACCCCUCCAUCUAGUUCCCUGGGCCCAGUCAGCCCUGGCCCUGUGGCUGAGGGGUAUGAGGACUCCUCAGGACACAGACGGCUGGAGGACACUGAGCACCCCUCAGCCCCUGAGCCCGGGCAGCUGCGACCAGCCCUGAGGCCCUUCCUUGGCUUCAUGAGUGGGUGCAGACCUGGAGUCGCCGUGGCCUGGGCACUCUGUGUCCUGGUGGUCUCAGCCAUCAUUCUGGACUGCGGGCUGAUCUUUGGGGACUCGGCCCUGCACCUCCCACCCUGGGGCCACACCCUGCUGCUCCUGCUCAGCUCUGUCCUGUUUCUGCUCAGUCUCCUCGUCCUGUGGGCCCACCAGCAACAGCACUGGGAGGACACCUUUCAGGUUCCCAUGGUGCCCGUGACUCCAGCCCUGAGCAUCCUCCUCAACAUCUUCCUCAUGCUGCAGAUGAACUACCUGACCUGGCUGCGCUUGUCCGUCUGGCUACUGAUCGGACUUGUGGUGUAUUUUGGCUAUGGCAUCAGGCACAGCAAGGAGAACCAGCAGGAGCUGCCAGGGUUGACUGCCACACAAGGCAGCCUGGAGGAGACGGUGCAGGCCCUACAGCCCCUCAACCAGGCCCCAGCCCAGGAGCCCAGUCAAAUGGAGCAGGCUACCAGUUCAUGAGGACCGCUGGGGGCCUGCCUGCCCUCCCCUACCUCCUCAGGAGGCUGGAGGGGAUGGCAGCCCCUUCUAUCUGGGGCAGCUUGGGUUUGCAGGCCUGCCCAUGCCACGGGGUCCUCAGG